GCCACGAUUCAACCCCUGAAAAUAUUCCACUGGAGGAGGUAAUCCAAAUGGGUAUCGAAGUGGAAGAUGAAAGGGUGAUUUCGGAAGCCCCGUCGCCUUUACGGACGCCACUGGCAGAGAAUUUCACGCUGAGGUCAGGUAAUUCCCAUAUCUCAGACAGGAGAACACCACGGGCGAGCUUGAAAAGAAAGCGCAUGGAAGAAGACGGUAAUGCUCGGAAGAAAUUUUUGGAAAUAGCAGAAAAACAGGCAGAUGCACUAAAGAUGCUAGCCCAGUCGAGUAGAGAAACAGUAGAAGUCGCGAAACAACAAGCAGAUGCUUUAAAGAUCUUAGCCGAAAGCAGCUCUGCAAUUGCUCAGGCUAAUAAAAUGAUGGCGGAGGCAAUAGCCGUAUUGGGGAAUGGUUUAAGCGCUACCGCAGAAGCAUUCAACAAUCUAACGAAUGCAAUCUAUCGCAUGUAGAUUAGAAACCAAUUCCGCAGUUCCUUUUUAUGUGCAUAUAUACCAAAUGUUUAUUUUAGUACCUGAAGUUACUUUUUAUUUGAAUUUUAUAAGUAAACAAGCUGUGGUAAUGUUAAGUAACAUUAAUUAAAUGAAUUAGAAUGUAUUGUUUUCGUUUUUACAAAUAGACU